ACUCUGGGACCUGGGCAGGUGGGAGCUCCAACUAUUUGCUUACCUUUCCUGCCAGGACGAGGAGCCCGGAGUCUGGGUCCAACAGUGGAAUCAAGGGCCUGGAGAGACAGAUCAGUGGCCGAUGCUGCAGCCGCCCAUGGGGAGGGGAUCCCAGGGAAGGCGCACUGUGAGCAGGAGCACUUCGACCCUUACCUCCGAGUAGGAGCCGGAGUCGGAGCCCGAGCCCGGGGCGGAGAGACGGAGACGCAGACGCGGACGUCUUGGGACCCCGGGACCCAAGACCCACCGGGUCCUGCCGGCCGGGCAAGACCGAGUUCGGCUCGCUUUGCCCCGCUCCCUCCGUCUCCACCAUCUUCUGGACCAGAAGAUGUACCUCCAGAGCCCUCCACCCUUGCUGUUGCCUCUGCUGCUGCUGGCAUUGGGAUCCAGGGUGUGGGGCUGCCCACCCGGCUGCCAGUGCAGUCAGCCACGGACUGUCUUCUGCACAUCCCGCAAGGGCCUCACAGUACCACAGGAUGUGCCCCCUGAUACUGCCGGCCUGUAUGUCUUUGAGAACGGCAUCACCACACUGGAUGUGGGCAGUUUUGCUGGCCUGCCUGGCCUCCAGCUGCUGGACCUGUCCCAGAACGAGAUCACCGGCCUGCCUGAUGGGGUUUUCCAGCCACUCGCCAACCUCAGCAACCUGGACCUGAGUGCCAACCGGCUCCAAGAGGUGACCAAUGAGAGCUUCCGUGGUCUGCGGCGCCUGGAGCGCCUCUACCUAGGCAAGAACCGCAUCCGUCACAUCGAGGCUGGGGCCUUCGACGCGCUGGACCACCUGUUGGAGCUCAAGCUGCAGGACAACGAGCUGCGGGCGCUGCCCCCACUGCGCCUGCCCCGCCUACUGCUGCUGGACCUGGGCCACAACAGCCUGCCUUCGCUGGAGCCUGGCGCCCUGGACGCUGCCAACCUGGAGGCAUUGCGGCUGGCCGGCCUGGGUCUGCGACGGCUGGAGGAGGGGCUCCUGGGCCCCCUGCACAACCUGCAUGACCUGGACCUGUCCGACAACCAGUUGGAGCAUGUGCCUCCCGCCAUCCGUGGCCUGCGGGGCCUGACGCGCCUGCGGCUGGCAGGAAACCCCCACAUCGCCCAGCUGUGGCCCGAGGACCUGGGGGGGCUGGCAGCCCUGCAGGAGCUAGACCUCAGCAACCUGAGCCUGCAGGCCCUGCCGGCCAACCUCCCUGGCCUCUUCCCCCGCCUGCGGCUCCUGGCGGCUGCCCGCAACCCCUUCAACUGCGUGUGUCCCCUUAGUUGGUUUGGCCAGUGGGUGCGUGAGAGUCGGGUCACACUGGCCAGCCCUGAGGAGACCCGCUGCCACUUCCCACCUAAGAAUGCCGGCAGGCUGCUCCUGCAAUUGGACUAUGCUGACUUCGGCUGUCCGGCCACCACCACUACCACUACCACCACCACCGCAGGCACCAGCACAGCGCCCACCACUAGGCCCACCUUGGGUGAGGUGGCCCCCUCCCUGCCCAGCAAGGCACCCACCUGGCUCAGCCCCACGGAGCUGGCCACCCAGGCACCCACUCAGCCAUCUGUGUCCCUGCCCACUGCAAGGCCUGGCCCCCAGUCCCAGGACUGCCCAGCGUCCACCUGCCUCAAUGGGGGUACCUGCCACCUAGGGGCACGGCGCCACCUGGCAUGCCUGUGCCCUGAGGACUUCACGGGACUAUAUUGUGAGAGCUGGGUACAGUCAAGGGCCAGCCCUGAGCCAGCCACCCCAGUGGUGCCACAGGCCCUGCCCCUGGGUGUGGAGCCUGUGAGCCCCACCUCGCUACGGGUGGGCCUCCAGCGCUACCUGCACAGCGCUGCUCACCUGAAGAGCCUGCGCCUCACCUACCGCAACCUCUCUGGCCCUGACAAGCGGCCAGUGACACUGCGGCUGCCCGCCUGGCUUGCCGAGUACACAGUCACCCAGCUGCAGCCCAACGCCACCUACUCCAUCUGCGUGAGGGCCCUGGGGGCUGGGCGGGGCUCUGAGGAGGAGGCCUGCGGGGAGGCUCGCACACCCCCAGCUGUCCGCUCCAACCACGCGCCUGUCACUCAGGCCCGUGAAGGGAACCUGCCUCUGCUCAUCGCACCCGCUCUGGCUGCCGUGUUGCUAGCCACCCUGGCCACUGUGGGGGCCACCUACUGCAUACGGCGAGGGCGGGCAGCAGCGGCAGCUCGGGGCAAGGGACAGGUGGGGCCAGGGGCUGGGCCCCUGGAGCUGGAGGGGGUUAAGGCCCCCUUGGAGCCAGGCACCAAGGGAACUGCGGGUGGUGGGGAAGCCCCAGCUGGCGGGUUCGAGUGCGAGGUGCCGCUCAUGGGUUACGCAGGGCCCAGCCUCCAGGGGCCCCUUCCUUCUAAGCCCUACAUCUAAGCCUAGGAACAAGGGGGCCAGCCAGCGCUCCCUGCCACCAGAUCACCCAGGAAGUCCUCGGUUCCCUGGGACAAGAUGAGCUCCUGAAACCACACUGAACCUCAGUUUUCUCAUCAGUGAAGAUGGUGAUGACCUCCAUGGCCCCCUGGGAGCCCAUCAGCUCCUGUCUCGUGGACAGCCUGUCCCACAGUCCUCUGCACACGAUCCCCUGGGGUCAGGCUGGACAGGAGCUGGGCCUGUCUGUGUGCGGGUCACACAGGUGGUGGCCUGCAGGGCCUCCCUGACCCAAGACUGGGGGCCAGUGAAGGAGGACCCCAGAGUGAACAAAGGGAGAACAGAAGGGGGGUGGGUCAUCACGGCCCCUCCUCAACCCCAGGAGCGAAAGGAACAAGCAAACUGGAAGGGAAGACUCCACCUUAGGAACCUGCUCUGCUUCUGUCGUUUGUUGUUGUUUUUGUAAAAAGAUAUAUAUAUUUAUAAGAGAUUCUUUCCCAUUUAUUCUGGGAAAGUGCUUUUCAAACUCGGAGACAAGAACUUUGAUUUUUCUAAGACAAUGACAUGAAGGCCUUUUGUAAGAAAAAUACAAAAAUAAAACAAGAUGAAACCAGA